AUGGCACAAUGGUUGAAGAAAUCAGCAGGACCACCCAUUGGCGAGACAGAGUGGACCACAGCACUCAUCUGGCUGCUCCUUGCUCAGGCUGAGAAAACAGAGAAUAGGAAGACACUUCUCAGGGGGAAAAGGGACAAAAAUACAUUGAAGGAUAUGAAAAUUGUGAUCUUCAAGCGCAUUGGAUCUGUGAUCCUUGCAGACCUGCAUGCCAUCAACCCCGAUGCAGUUGGCAACCACAUAAAAAAACAGUUCAACUACCUCGUCAAUCAUUACAAGCAUCAUGCACACCAGCUCAGAGCUACAGGUGAGGGUCUUCAAGAUGACAAUUCAGGAGAUGAACGUGACGAGGAGCACUUCAAUCACUAUGUCCCCUUGUCUGGUCUGGAUGACUCGACUCCAAUGCAUAUCAAGAGCAUAUGGGAGUUCUCUGUGAUGCAGCUACAGCAGUUCUGGGCACUACAGGAAGCUCUUGAUGCUACACAAUCUGCUACUCCUUUGACUUAUCCAAACUCUUUUCCAGACUCUUUGUCUGACUCUUUCCCUUCAGGUUUCAAACUUGACUCUGACAAGGAGAAUCAUCUGCCACUUCCAACUCCAACUCCAAACCAGGUACCAUCAAAGUCCCAGCCAGCAUCUCCUCCCCCCUCAACUUGCACUUCAAAGUCCUUACUUUCUCAUGAUGCAAUUGAAAAGACAAAGCAGUGUAUCUCCAAGCUUCCGAAAAAGCGGACCUUUGAGGAUGUGUUGGAGAACCUUCAGCAGCAACUUCUCCUGGAGGAAUUUAAGGCUGGAAUUUGGGAGAUUGAGGAAUAUUGGAGGAAGCUUAAAGAGCCAGACAAGGACAAAGCUGGUGUGGUGGAAAUACCCUCUAGAAAGAGGGUUUGA